AUGGCGACGACCGACGCGAUACCUCCAGAGCAUGGUCAAGACCGUCAAGGUCAACGCAGGAGACCGUUUUCAACAUGGGUUAAGAAACUCACUAACUUCAAAUCAUCCGAUGGUGAACGUCAAAAGAGACACAAGAAACGCAGCCACAAGAAGAACAACCCAUACCCGGAAUCUGGGCAGGUCGGCAAUGGUGUAACCAACGGAACGAGUGCAUGCACUUUCACCACUACACAGACGGGUACAAGCAAUACCAGUGUGGAUCGAUCCACCCGGACAUCUCGAGAAGAUCAGGCACCGCCAACGAUCGGGCGUGGAAGUGUGGCCGGUACGGUGUUGACAGAUCAUGAGGCCUCCCACUCAAUCACGGCACCCAGCCAUAGGGCGAGUUCUGUCGCUGGAACGAGCCGUACCGUUGGUGGAGGAGUUGAAUCUAGGAGGGGGGGAGACAGUACUUUUUCGAGCCCAGCGCCAUCUGUGAGGUCUUUGACGACGACUUUGACUACGAUACAGUCAAUGGCGCCUAAUGGGGCUGGCCAAGCUCAACACCAUACUUCACAGCAUCAUGGCAACACGCAGUCCAUUCAAUUCACCCAACCCUUCCCCUCUACAGGAGCACCAGCAUCGGCUAUCCCACCCCAUUUGGCUCCUACUGGAAACCCAACGACUUACACGUCUGCAACCGCCAACAAUCUGCUCACAGAUAACGCAUCUAUCCUGACUUUAGCGUCAUCAAGUAAGCGUCGACGAAGACGCUCUUUCGAUACGGACGCAUCUGUACGUGCUCUUGCGCCUUCGUCACUUUGGGGUGGCAGUCGUGAAAGUCUACCACUUAGUGUUCUGAGUGCGAACAUCGACCCGAUGGGCAUGCCCACUACUCCUGGUAUCCACGGCAAUUCUCGAAUGGGAACAGAACGCACAAGCAUUUACUCUGCAACAGGUGUUGGGCCUGCGAUAUCUGGUGAUCGAAACAGUUACUAUGCCAAACAAGGAGAUGCUGCGAGUGUUCGAAAGCUCCCCAGCUGCAGCGUCCCACCAUCGUCAUCGCGCCGCGGCUCAUCUUCUCCAAUUCAAGACAUUCCCCAGUGCUUCAAUAUGGCCAUCUCAUGGAAGUCGUUUGACUUCUUCGACGUCGCCCAAAUCAACAUCACCGACGACGAAACCCGACAGCUCUUCGAAGGCAACGAGAUCUCGAGCGUUUGCGCAGGCUCCGAUAGCCUCUUCCUUGGAUCAUUCGAUGGAUAUGUCAGCAUAAUAAAUAAGUCAUGGAAGAUUGUCAAGCGCUUCCAGGCUUACGAGGCUGGGAGCAUCACGCAUAUGCGCCAGGUCGAAGGAACAAGUCUCUUGUUAACAGUCGCGGAGGACAUGAGUAGUGAGCCUGUUCUUAAGGUGUGGGCGCUCGACAAGCUUGUUAAGAAGACCAACACACCGACAUGUCUGAGCACGGUCAUGAUCAACAAUAACCGACGGCAAUUUCCUAUAUCUGCGUUUGCGGCUACGGACGAUCUUACACAAAUCGCUGUAGGAUUCACUAACGGCGCAGUUACCGUAAUCCGAGGCGAGUUGGUCCACGAUCUUGGUACGAAGCAACGAAUCGUCUUCGAAUCAGAAGAGCCUAUCACUGGUGUUGAACUUGCAUGGGAUGCUGUACAAAAGCUUACCACUUUGUUCGUCUCCACGACCUCGAGAAUAUUGAAACUCGGCCUCUCCAAGAAGGGCCAUGGAUUACCGCCCAAGACCGUCGAAGAUGCUGGAUGCGCAGUGGGUUGCAUGACGCGUGAUCUAAAUACAGACGGUGUCAUUGUUGCGCGUGACGAUGCCAUCUAUACAUAUACAUUGGAUGGUCGAGGGCCGCCCAAGGCGUAUGAAUCGCCAAAGAGCAAGAUUGAUGUUUACAAUGAAUAUGUGGCGCUUGCAUGCCCGCCAGCAAGCAGCACCGCGAAAGACUCGGAAGCAAUGAGGCGACGUUUUGGUAAUACUACUACUAAUUCUCUGUUCAAUGCAUCGUCUUUUGUGUUGCUGGAUAUGGAUCUUCGAGUCAUUGGCCAUACAGAGACUUUGAUGUCACCUGUGGGACACUUUGUUGACAUCUGGGGUGAUUUCUUUACAGUUCUCCAAGAUGGCAAGGUUUACCGGUAUCAUGAGAAAAGUCUGCAGCAACGACUGGAGAUGCUGUAUCAGAGAAACAUGUUCCCCUUGGCUAUCGAAUUGGCGCAAAAGUCUGGAAUGGAUAAUGAACAGCAGAGUCUUAUUUACCGACGCUUUGGCGAUCACUUGUAUCAGAAAGCUGACUAUGAUGGCGCCAUGGUUCAGUAUAUUCGAGCAAUCGAUACAACCGAGCCAUCACAGGUCAUUCGCAAGUACCUCGAUACACAGCGCAUUCACAACCUAAUUCAAUAUCUGGAACAACUUCAUGAACACCGAAAAGCGACUGCGGAUCACACAACCCUUCUCCUCAACUGUUAUGCAAAGCUGAAAGACAUCAACAAGCUUGAAAAGUUUAUUAAAUCUCCCGGCGACCUCAAGUUUGACCUUGACACAGCAAUUGCUAUGUGUCGUCAAGGCGGAUACUACGAGCAGGCUGCAUACCUUGCCAAGAAGCACGGCGAGACUGAUCUUGUGGUGGAUAUCUUGAUAGAGGACUCCAAGAACUAUGUCGAAGCGCUCGACUACGUCUGGCGUCAAGACCCUGAUAUCAAAUAUGCCCGAGUGCUCAUUGAGAAUUGUCCUCAAGAUGCUACCAAGUUAUUCGUGGACUACUAUACAGGUAAUUACCGACCUCGGCGCACUUUGACGGUGCACAAUGAGGUUGAUACGCCCGCCAGCGGCGGCUUUGCGGCUGGGGCAGCGAGCGCUGUUCAGAAUCUGUCCAAUUUGCUACCCCUACCUUAUAUGAACACAUCUUCAGUCGCAUCUCCUGGCACGGUCGGAAACACGAGGGCUGUAGUUAGCGACGGGAACAUUAUCGUGGACAACGACGAUAUUCCUGCACCAAAGUAUACCCCUCCUCCACCAAGAACCGCAUUCUCAUCAUUUAUCGACCACCCCGACGAGUUUAUCGUCUUCCUCGAAGCAUGUCUCGAAGAAAAGGAGCUCAAGUCGAGUGACCGAACAGAUCUAUACACGACCCUCUUUGAGAUGUACUUGUACAAGGCUAGCGAGAAGAAGGGACAGCAUCACAAGGAGGAAUGGGAGGCCAAGGCAAAGAAGCUCAUCCAGGGUGAGCACGUGCCUAUGGAAAGCUCGAAUGUUUUACUUCUCUCGCAUCUUGCAGAUUUCCAAGAUGGAACUAUCCUUGUCAAGGAACAGGCAGGACUGCGUUUCGACAUUUUCAGAUCUUACACAUCAGCUAAGGAUACACGAGGCGCCCUGAAGGCACUCAGAAAGUAUGGCCCUGAGGAACCGCAGUUGUAUCCAGCUGCGCUGGCGUAUCUCACUUCUGACCAAAGGGUACUGGAGGAAGCCGGACCUGAUGAGUUGGCCAACGUGCUAAACAAAAUCGACAAAGAUGGUCUCAUGGCUCCUUUGCAGGUUAUCCAAACACUUGUUGGUCAAUCUUCAGGCGGUGGCGUAGCUACCAUGGGCAUGAUCAAACCAUACCUUCACGAGACAAUCACAAGAGAGCGCAAAGAAAUUGCUACCAACAGAAACCGCAUCAACAAUCUUCGCGGCGAUACAGAAAAGCGCCGCUUUGAGCUUGCGGAUUUGGGCUCCAAACCCGCCGUUUUCCAAGCAACUUGGUGCUCAGACUGCAGCCAGCGACUUGACCUACCAGCCGUCCACUUCCUCUGCAAACACAGCUUCCACCAACGUUGCGUUCGAAACGGCGGCAACGACGGCGAUGCGGAGUGUCCCAAGUGCGCAACGGAGAACGACAUCAUCCGCAAAAUGCGCGAGGAACAGAAGAAGAGGGCUGGCAAGCAUGAGCUUUUCAAGAUGGAUCUGGAGAACAGCGAGGAUCGGUUUAGUACGUUGGCGGAGUGGUUCUCUGGAGGUGUUAUGGAUGGGCAGAGUGCUGAGUGA